AGUUAUCUGUUAAAAUAACUAAGUCAAAAAUUGGCUAUACAUAUGUUACCUCUAUUUGUGUAUGUGUGUGCGUGCACAUAGAUACAAUCACUGCAAGCAAUCGCAAGAAUAACUAAAUCAAAUCCUCUGGAAAGGAUACAGUAGCCAAGUCAAAAACUCCUCCCCCCAUCUUUCUCUGUCAUAUGUAUACAUUGCUAGUCAUUGCAAGUUAAACUGUUAAAAGGGUGACUAUGUCAAAAAUUGGCUGGAUAUACACUACAGAUACAUAUAAACAAUCACUGAGGGUCAAAUUAUAAAAGGGUUAUCUAUAAGGCAAACAUUGUGUGUCCAAGUAGAGAAUAGAUUGGAUAUCAUUUGGAUUCCUGUUCUGCUGCUUAAAAGGUUCCUUCCAUGUGUUUAUUUACUAUUUUAAUAUGUUAUGUUAAUUUUAUUCUAGAGAGAUCAAUCAUGUAUUGGGUAUAUCCCUAUAUAAAGUAAAGGUAAAGGUUCCCCUCGCACAUAUGUGCUAGUCGUUCCUGAUUCUAGGGGGUGGUGCUCAUCUCCAUUUCAAAGCCAAGGAGCCAGUGCUGUCCAAAGAUGCCUCCAUGGUCAUGUGGCCGGCAUGACUAAACACCAAAGGCGCAUGGAACACUGUUACCUUCCCACCAAAGGAGAUGCAGUAUUCUGCCUUCUUUCGUGAGCUGUAACUUAAUACCUCUGCACCCGAUACAAGUGGGAAGAUGUAGCUAUUAUGGCUGUUCAGCGUUUAGAUUCCCAGAUUUUGAAGUUUCAUAAUCUACACUCUCUGCAUAAAUGACAUAUGGAGGAGAAUCGAGGAUCGUCUACAAGGCCAUUCCAGCACAGAAAUUGGGAAUUCUGAAAUUCAGACCUUUUACAUGUCCUUCCUUGUAUCUGUGUUGCUUGCGUUUGGACUUCGGUGGGCCUGAUCUCUGCUGCGUAACCUGCCAACGAGACAUUUCAGGUUUUCCUUGGUAGAAAUGAGGCGGGAUAGACCACAAGAACGGGCAGCUAGCUGGCCAGCAGAGCAUAUCAAGGUGCUCCUUGCCCUCUGGACCGAGGCAGCGGUCACUCAUGACCUUAGCUCCCACGGGAGGAACCGUGCAGUCUAUGAUGGCAUUUCUCAGCGUCUUGCCGAAAUGGGCAUUUAUCGGACUGGGGACCAAUGCCGCGAAAAAAUGAAAGGCUUGAAAGUGGCUUACCGCAAGGCUAAGGAAAAUAACUCCGUGGGGCGGCCACCUAUCAAAUGUCCCUUCUAUGAUGAAAUUGACCAGAUAAUGACACAGUAUAUAAACUGCAGGCCUGGUUUUCCCUCUGAGGCUGGCGAAGGGCCCAGUGUUACUGCAGACAGACAGGAAGGCCUCUCCAUCUCUGAGCCCUGGGGGACCCAAUCCAGCAUCUCUGAGCGUUGGGCGUCCCAGGCCUCUGGGCAUUGGCUGUCCCAGACUGCUGCCUCGGAAAGCCAAGGGACCGAUGAAUUCAGCUACACCCAGGCAGAGACUCAUGAUGCUUUUGGCGAGAUCCAAGUCAUCCCAGUUCAGGUGAAGGAAGAGGAAUCGGAAGAUGAAAUCUCACCUGAGCUGGAUGUGGCCUCUCCUAUGCUAAUGGAGAUCCAACCUCCACCCAGGCAGCUCAUCUCCAUGCUUGACCAACGUCCCCAUCUUCGAACUCGGAAACAAAAAGUUCAGGGGGAUGGGCCGCCGAGGGGCGCUGGCCAGAAGUGCGUUCGUUCACAUCAGCCGGAGCUGCAGAGGAUGCAGAAACAGCUGGCCCUCCAAGCUGAGGAAAAACAGAGUUUAGCGGAGUUCAUCCAGCACGACAAGGAGAUGCGGCGUGAGGAUAGGGAGUUCCAAGCCCAGCUCUUUGAGAAACUUUUUCAGAAGCAAACCGAGCUUGUCCAGGUGCUAACUCAGCGGUCUCCUGCCAGCCCUAGCUCUCCUGACUGCGCUAAUCCGUUGCAGGUCUUGCAGAUGUCCACAAAGAACGGAGCAGGAACCGCUGCGGGGCCUAGCUCAGCCCUACAGGCUUUAUUAGAGCAGAUGAUGCAGUCCGACCUACCAGGGAAGAGUCUAAACAGGCUUGCAGUGAAAGAAGCACUCGGAGGAAGAGUGAAGGUGCCUCCUGAAGUGCAGUAUUGGACUGCCGAAGAGAUACUGAGGUGGCUCUUGUCUCAGCAGCCUCCUGCAGACCACUGUCAGGAGAUGCUGUCGGGCCCAAGGCUUCCUUUCAUUGCGGGGCACCUGGCAGCGACAGGGAAAGGUGAUACCUCAGAGGCACAUCUCUCCGUUUUGAAUCCAUUAUGCGAUUCGUACCCGAGUUCUCAGCAGCAGGGUAGAGACCAGCUCCACAGCAAGGCCCAACAUCUGUGCUCCAGCAAUGGCGCUAAAGUACUUGAAACAGACGUAGACUUAGAAACCCGCCGGCAGUCUUUCAGGCAGUUCCAUUAUCAGGAGGCCCAGGGACCCCAAGAAGCAUACAGGUGUCUGUGGCGGCUUUCCCACCAGUGGUUGAGGCCAGAGGCGCGUAGCAAAGAGCAAAUUAUGGAGCUGCUAGUGGUCGAGCAGUUCCUGAACAUACUCCCUGAAGAGAUCCAGACCUUGGUACGCGAAUGCCAGCCAGAAAACGGCAAGGAAGCUGUGGCCCUGGCCGAGAGAUUCCAGCUCCAUUUCGAGUCCAAGAGGCAACGGGACCAAGUACGUGUUACCUCAGAUAACAUGGUUGUCGAUUCCCCUCGAGAAGACUUGAAUGAAGAUCAGAGACAACCCUGCAUAAAAGACAAUCGAGAAAAUCCUAGGAAGGUUGGCUUACUAGGUACAGAAACGCAUCUCCAGCUGAGGAAGAGAGCCAGAUCAGAUCCGAGGGAGCAGAUUGUGCCCAAACAGGAUGGAGAACACGGUGUGGCGGCAGCAGCCAAACAGAUGAAGUUGAACAAUAGCAUAGAAGAGCAAGAAAUGGCUGAAACUAGAAAGAAAGCGAAAGAGACACCUACCUCCGGGCCAGGGAAGCAAGCUGGGAAAGCCAAAGGGCGGGGAAGAUCUGUUCCCAGUUAUAACGUGGCUGGGGAAAACCAGGCGGAGGGGGAAGCUAAGAUGAAAGGCAGCGGCCGAGUUUCAGAAGCUGUGAAUGGGAUUCUGCACGAGCAGAAAGCAUCGGCUAGUCUUGGGUCGUCUCAGCUGGCUUUUGACAAGGAUGCAACCGUCGCCAGCCCCCAACCUGGCCACGAUGGUCACGGGUCUCCUGACAUAGACAGACCUUCAUUUAGUGACAGCAUUGACAUUUUACUGGAUUCUCCCUGGAGUGGAAAUGGCAGUGGUGACACAGCCCAAGACGGGGGGGCCGGUUCCAGGAUGCUACCCCCCUGUGUGGGCUGUACCAUGUUGAAGGCUGAGUUGGAUACAAUCCGUGAGGAGCUCCGAUUAACCCAAGCUUCUACACUGUAUGGGUUGAGCGGCACCUCUUUGCAGGACCUAUCAGAGGCUCUUGGCACUGUUGUACGGGUCCUGAACGACACAAAAUCUUUGCCAGGAACAAACAUACCCCAGAACAUUGCUGAAAUCCCUAGUAGGCCAGUAUGGCGAGAAAGAAAUCAUCUCUGAAUCCUUGCAUGGGCCGAAUGUACCCCCCCAAAUCAAGAAAUUCAGCAGCAAUAUUAGAAGCGCCUGAUUGAAAAGGAAAGUGAAAAGCACCCUUUGCUCUUGAUUGCCUGAGACUUACAACUAUCCCUGCCCGUGAUUCCUUAUCCCUUCCCCCAUCCUGUUGGAUUACUUAGACUACAGCAGGCUCUGAUCCAGAUGCCCUUUCCCUGCUAUGGUGCAAAUGUUGUCAAUUCCUUUACCUUUUUACCGUUACCCUUUGUUUUUGUUUUUGUUUUUAUACUGUAGUAAUCUCUUUCUUCCCUUUCCUGCUUGAGUUUAAAUAAAGCAACUGGGAAUGAUUCACUGUACCCUUGAUGGGCAAUAAAUAGCAUGUGCACUGACCCAAUUAGCAUAGAAGUCUGCAAAGAGAAAGCCUCCUUUCAAUCCACAAGGAAUCAGAGCUCCUGUUUUGGAAAGCAAGCAAUGGUUUUGGAAAGAAUUGUUAGCCCAGAUACAGGCCUCGAGGUAGUCUAGAUCCAGCCUGCUUUCAUGAUGAACAUUAUAUUCUCUCUUAAUAUAUUCACAAGUACAAUGAUUACAGAUGUUGACAGACUCCCAACAUCAGCUGUAUAAAGUGAACAGAGUGUUGAUCGGCACAAGAAGAAUAUUAUCAUUGUAUACAAAACAGGAACUUUUUUGAUUAUGUUACCGUAGUAAGAAAUUUAAACUUUUGUUCUAAAGAACUUUGAAUGUUUGACACUGGAGAGAAUGGAAAAGAUAAACUAAGGGAAACUUAAUAAUCUCUCCCUCUCCCUCCUUUUCUCUCUUUCUCUCUCUCUCUCUCUCUCUCUCACACACACACACAUGUAUAGAGGUAGUCUUUGACUUAUAACCACGGGUGAAAUCCAGCAGGUUCUGACAGGUUCUGGAGAACCAGUAGCGGAGUAGUUCAGAGAACUAACAAAUAUCCUCUGGCUGGCCCCAGAGUGGGGGGAGAAUGGAGAUUUUGCAGUAUCCUUCCCCUGCCAUGCCCACCAAGCCACACCACGUCCACAGAACCGAGUAAAGGGAGGCUGAUACAGUGAAGCAGCAGUAAUCCACACCAGUGAAAAAAAUCACUUUCCCAGGGAAAAAGAAAAGCUGCAACGCCUGUGGGCAGCCACUGAAGAAUGGCCAAUGAGAUUCAAGAACCAUUCCUGGAUAGCUCCUGUUCUGGCCCUGCGGAAGAUAGGGAAUCGGAGGGUGGCAUUGUGAUUAAACAUCAGGACUCAGAUAGCGAUCAGAGCGAGCCUAAGGUGGUUGCCAAAUGUUUGGGUGGGGAUGCUGAACCUUUGGAAAUGCCAGCACAGCCUGCUGAUCCAUGCCAGGUCACAAAAAUGAAAGUGAAACAUGAAGAGGAGCCAAAGACUGAGGCAGUCUUGGUGCCUCCUCCUGUGGAGGUAGCUGUCUCUGUUCCAGUGCCACCCUUGAACAAAGGAAAGGGAGCAAAACGGAUGAUGGAAGAUGAUGCUGAAGCUUUUAAAGAAAUGCCUGAUGUGUGCCAGGAAGCCAGAGGGCCAAGAAAGGCUAUGCUGCUGCCUGACCUCUUUGGGGAAGCCCAGGAAGCACACAGCAGUUUGGAUGUCAGCCGAGCGGGAGGCUGCACAAAGGUGGAACAGGCUAUUCCAUGCUUGCCUAACAUGGCCUCAGAAAAUCAGCGCAAACGCUUUCGGGGUUUUGCCUAUAAAGAGACUGAAGGUCCCCAAGUGGCUUAUGAGCGGCUCCAGGAGUUGUUGUUCCAAUGGUUGAAUCCAGAGGCCCACAGCAAAGAGGAAAUCGUUGAGCAGCUAGUCCUCGAGCAGUUCCUGAACCUCCUCCCUGAGGAUGUCCAGAAAUGGGUCCGGGAGCGUCAUCCAGAAAAUGGGGAUGAAGCUGUCGCCCUGGCAGAAGAUUACCAGUUUCUGCAUCCUGAGCCUGGACGGCAGCCCUAUCCAGAGAGAGCAAGGCAGCGGUCUUCAGCAAGAAGUUGGCUGCGCUGAAGUCUCAGGAACAGGCAGGCAGGAAGGGCUAUUUGUAAGGGAAGGGACCCUUAGGGGUAGAAAGUCUGGUCGGUUGAUGGCUACUCUGCUCAGAGCUUUGCUACUGCUCAAAGCUAAAGAGACAUGAUGAUUUCGGGCAGCUAUUGUAUUCCUUGUACACCAAGUUCCGGUUGAUGCUUUGCAUGACAAUAAAAGGCUGAUCUAUUCCAAAAUUUA